GAUAUAAUAGAAGUGCUCAAAUAAAAGUCUUAGUUUAUUUUUAUAGUUGCAUAUUUAAGUCUUCUCCUUAUAGUAUUUUGAUUUGUUUUAAAUUAAAUGUUUGUUAAAUCUGUGAAAUAUAUUUAAGACGAACUUUGGCAGUGAAUGACCUUCAUAGAAAUCCAGAAAUUAAUUUUACAUUUUACAUUUACAAGAAAAGCAACAGGCUAAUAAAAAUAUUGUCGAAAUCAAAACAAUCUUACGGCAUGGAUUACGACGAUGAAGCAUCAAAGUUACUUGAGAAAGCAUUAUCAUCAUUUGAUGGGAUUAUUUCAGAUAUUUUUCACUUCCUAUUUGUUGAAUUAUCACUUAGCAUACGCGAUAAAGAUACAGUUCGCAAUCAACAGCCUUCAUCAAAUGUUUUGUCAGCGGCACAAACACUCGCGCUUGCCCUACAGCAAUGUAAAGAAAGCAAUACGCCUUCGCCUCCAGAUAAAGAAACAGCCGAAAUUAUAAAUGGAUGGCUGGAGAGUUUUAUGCCUAUGAAAUCUGUGACUUUAGUGUCUGGUGGAGGUAAGGAGCCGAUUGAAGGCAAAUCGAGACAAUCAGAAAAUGCAAAGAAAAUUGCACGUUUAUUGAAAAAGAGACGAGAACUGUUGGAAAAGGAAAAAUUAAAAGUGGAAAAUGAAGAGAAAAAUAUUCCAAAGCCAAAGUCUAGUCUAAAGGAUGCAAAGGAUCUAAAUCAGCGAAGUGAACCAACAUCAGAAGAAUAUGACGAUGAAGAACCUGAAACAAUCACAGAGAACAGCGAUUCAUAUGAUUCAAUUGAUGACUUUAGAGUUGGAGUCUUAUCAAAAGAUCUUGAAAAAGAUGAGUCAACGUCGGAAGAUGAGGAAAUCACAUGGAGUUGUUUACAGCGAUCACAAAAGCGAACUCACGAGACUUAUGGAGUGACAAAAGCUUUGAAGGAUUCAUCGAAAACUCCUGAUAGAAAAACUCCCACCCAGGAUGAACCAAAAUCACCGACAGCAUCUGGAAAACCUCCACGCUUCUCAAAUCCACCAGCCAGUCUUGAUCGACGACAGAGAAGUCGAAGUCAAUCCAACCGUCGUGAACAACGCGAUUCGAAGAGUCGAAGUACACAUUCGUUGCGCGAAAAGGAUUUAAACGAUAAAAUUUUAAUCUCUGAUAAGUUGGCGAAAGAUAAUUCAUCAAGUUCAUGCAGCAAUCGAAGAAUGUCACCAAUUGCAUGGGAAGUUCCACCGCCUCCACCAUUUGCACCUUGGGAUCAUCAUUAUUAUAAACAUCACAUGUCAAGUCGUGAUGAUUUACGUUCAAUGGAUUAUUACCGAAGACCUUGCGAUCCAUAUCGUCUUGGUAGUUGUCAAGAGUUGUGUCAUCAUCCAUCGACGUUGUCUUUAUCAGGCAAUUGCGAAAAUCCUUAUUUUCACUUUCCACCCCCACCGCCAUCAUGUUGCAAUAAUCAUUAUUAUCAAGGUUAUCAGAGACAAGACAGCUCAUCAGAACGUGUUCGUCGACUACAAUCUGACAAAGACGCCUUACAGCUACAGGUUCAAAUCUUGACAGAACAAAUAAAUGCACAAAGUGAGAAGCUUAAAGAUUUCGAAUCGACAGUGAAUGAAAAAAAUAUGUUGAUCACAAAUACUGAAGAUUUAUUAAAUCGAGAAAUGCUUUCACGAUCAUCUUUAGAAACUCAAAAGCUUGAAUUGAUGUCAGCAAUAAGUGAAAUGAAACUUCAACAAGCAACAUUGGAAAGAGAAAAUUAUGAACUUCGAUCGACAUAUUUGAAAAAUAGUUUAACAAAUUUGAACAAUGCUUCGUUGAUGUAUGGAAAAAGAAUUUCAGGGCAACAAAUUGCUAACAAUAAUCAGAAGAAUGGUAAUAAUGGCGGUGCAUUGAGUGGAAGUCAUGGAAAUUUAUCACAAAACUUGUCAGUUGUCAACACUUCAUCGCCUGAAUUUAAUCGACAACGUUCUGAUAUUCAUUACAGUAGUUUACCACGUCAAGCCUUUGCCACUUCAACGAUGUUAUCAGUGUCGAAUGGAAAUAAUCAUGAGCCUUCUGAAAUCAAUAAUUCACCGAAACGAAAUGUAGCAUUCGCUGAUAAAGAUAAGAUCAUUGAUGACAGCAUCAAUAUUCCUCAACGAAAUUACACAAUUCAAGCAUUGACAUCGCCAUCAAUGAGUCAAAAGCACAAAGGUCUUCGAGGGAUAUUCGAAAAGAUUAAAAGCAACAAUGGAAAUAAUAUGAGUUUAGUUGAAGAUUCAUCAUUGGAAAACGAAAAUGAUUUCAUUCGUGGAGGUUUUCGAGCGACUGCAAGUCCACGUCUUGGUUGGAGUUCGCGUGGAAUGAAUAAAAGUUCGAAACCGUUUAAAGAAUGGGACAUUGACAUGUUAAUUGAUUGGUUUGAUGAUUUGGGAUUGGAAUACGUUAUUGAGCAUGCUAAGAAGUGGUUGAGGACUGGAAAUGAUUUGUUGACUUGUGCACCGCAAGAUAUUGACAAAGAAUUGAGCUUACGAUCGCCUUUGCAUCGAAAGAAAAUUUUACUUGCCGUUGCUGACGUAGCUGACCAAGAAAGUGACGAUUUACUUAAGAAUGCUGGAAAAUUGGACACGACUUGGGUGCUACGUUGGCUUGAUGACAUUGGCUUGCCACAACAUAAAGAUGAGUUUUUAGCGGGACGUGUUGAUGGUCGAGUUUUACAUAGAUUGACACUUGACGACUUAGUGACGAUGCACAUAACUUCGACGUUGCAUGUCGCAAGCUUACGACGCGGCAUUCAACUUUUACGCGAACAAAACUUUAAUCCCGAAUGUUUAAUUCGUCGUCUUGGCGAAAUUGAAAAAGAUAAAAUUGUCUUCUGGACGUCGCAUUGUAUCAUGGAAUGGCUGAGAAUGGUUGAUCUGGCUGAAUAUGCGCCUAAUUUAAGAGGCUCGGGUGUUCAUGGUAGUUUAAUGGUUAAUGAAGUGAAAUUUAAUGCUGAACUUUUGGCAGAUUUAUUGUCAAUUCCAUCGAGUAAAACAUUGUUGAGAAGACAUUUGCAGACUCACUUCAAGGAUCUUCUCGGGCGUGAAUUAAUCCAAUUGAAACGUGAGGCGGAAAAUACUUUGGGUUAUCAACCAUUAACAAUUACAGGAAAGAUCAAAACCCCAAAGAAAUCACAAUUUUCACUUAAACGAAAGAAAAGUUUAAAGAAUGACGAAGGAAGUGAAUUUAGCAACUACGUUUGUCCGAUGACAGGUGAAAAAGAAACUCACAAGGGUAAUGUUCUAAUGACUAACAAUCUAACUAGUUCGAUGACUUGGAAGAUUCUUUGGACGGUAAUGGAAAUUGCAGUAAAUCAAACACAAGUAAAACAAGUGUUAAAAGUUGCUUUACAGCAAAAUAAAGAAAGUUUUGUGCUUAGAAUAGAUGAGACUAUUAAUUAAUUAAUUACAUAAUUAAAAUUAAACUUAAUUGUCUAAUGAAACUUUAAGGACCAGCUAAGAAACAGGAAUUUUUCACUUUCCAAUUAAAAGUCUUCCAAUCUACAUGCAAACUCUCAUUUAAAACUUUUUAAAGCAAAAAACUAUUCUAAUUCAUGAUUCGAAUGCAUUUCACAUCGCGUAGUUUUUAAUAUUACAUGACAGUAACUCUUUUUUCGUUACUCAUUUCGUAACUUUUUAUUUAUAGAUGACAUGGAGAAUCAUGGCGAUCUAAAAGAUUUCCUCUGGUUUUUCACCUAAAUAUUCUAAAAAAGAAAACUUUCACACUUAAAGAAAAAAUAUUAAUAUUUGUGUGUGUGUGUUUAAUGAACUUACUCAAUUUAUGGACCAUCAAAGUAAUAAUGACAAACUUGUAGCUUAAACAAAUAUAUUUAGAAAGAAUUGUUGAGAUGUUUGAUCAAAAAUAUUUAAAUCUAAAAAGUUUUUCCUUUCGUUCUGAAUUGGAAGAAAUUUGUUGAAGAGUUUUAAAGCUUCCAUAUGUUGAAGAAACCACCUAACAAUAAAUGAAUUGUGUCUUAAAAUUAAGAGUUGAAAUGUUUUGUUUCAUCUUUAUGAAGAAUUUUGUUUCCUUGCAAGAAAGAAAAUUUAUCAAGAAAAAGAAAGAAAAAUUGUUUGAAGUUUAAUAUUUUCAAAUAAAGAAGAAAAAAAAUGAUUUGAAAGUGAAAAAGAA